GGCACUACUUGCGGUCGAGGCCCCAACUUUUGGCUUCACCUCGGCUUCUACUGCCGCCACCCUCGGCCCUUCCUUGCCGGUCUCUCUCGGCCCGCACGGCCCCGCAACGUUUGGUCGAGCCCUCGCUGCCUUCCCGCUUCACCCGCGCGUCCACCACCAUUUCCGGCGGCUUCCCACAAGCGAGGCCUAGUCACGCUCGGGCCCCCCCCUCCUUGCCUGGGCCCUCCCGCCGCCCCGACCCCCACCCCCCCCGGGCUCGGCUGGUGUCGCGAACCGCCCUCCCAACGGGUGUCUUCCUCGUUCUCGAUACUGGGCGAUAAUUGCGGCCGCCGAGUGCCGGAUGUUUGUCAAUGAUUACGCAGCGUUAGGGCAGCAGCAGCAGCGAGAGCGUUGCGGGACGCGGCGAGCAGAGUCGGGAGCGUACGUGGCGGCAUUGUUAUAACAUUAGCCGUGGCUCGGCGCGGGCGGUGAAGUGAAGAGGCCACAAAGGAGGAGACGAGACGAGAGGUCUGAAGGCGGAGAGCAGUAGCGGCUCUAACGAAGCGGAGACUGAACAGCAGAAGCAGCAGCAGCAGCAUUCGACUGCAGCAGCAGCAGCAACAUCGCCGGCAAACAACACAACACAGAGUUCACAACAACGGGUCCACGCCGACACCGCCGCCAAACAUAAAGAACCACCCUCCCCAUACGGGCGGCCUCGCAACAAGGGCAGCCGGGAACGACGGCUUCGGUGACAGCAGCAGCAGUGGUGGACAACAACAACAUCAACAACAACAGCAGCUUCGAGAAACACCAUCCGCACACUCUCCACCACCACGAGCAGCAGUCGGGACGACAUCAACAUCAUCAGCGGUGGUCUCAAGGCGGCCGUAAACCGAGGCGGUGAAUCCGCCCUCUGGUCCCCCCACACUUCUCUCCAGAGCCUUGCCCCCGUGCUUUCGCCACCGUGGCUGACGAGAUGGCAGAGGAGGUGUCCCUCGUGGCAAAGUAUGACUACAUUGCUCAGCAGGAGCAGGAGCUCAACAUCAAGAAGAAUGAGCGUCUCUGGCUCCUGGACGACUCCAAGUCCUGGUGGCAGGUCCGCAAUGCGCAAAACCAGACCGGGUUUGUCCCAUCAAACUACGUGGAGCGCAAGAACAGCCUCAAGAAAGGCAGCUUUGUCAAGAACAUGCUGGGCAUCGGCAAGGUGAAACGCAAGCCCAGCAACUGCGAGGGAGGCGCGGCGGCAAGCCCCAGUUCCACGUUGGACUCCGGGCCCGACGGAAGCCCCACGGAAACCACCCGAGCCCUCAGCCUCCCCGCCAUCGUCAAGUUCAACUACGCGGCCGAACGCGAUGACGAGCUUUCGCUCAUUAAGGGUGCUCGCGUCACCGUGCAGGAGAAGUGCAACGACGGCUGGUGGCGGGGGGCGUGCGACGGCCGCGAAGGCUGGUUCCCUUCCAACUACGUGGUGGAGGAGGUCGUGGAAGGAGGGGGAGGAGGAGGAGGAGGGGGUGGGAUGGGGCGUCUCGACGCCGGCGCUGCGUCUCCUCGCCUGGGCACGGCGCUCGCCGCGGCGCUGUCGGCCACCAAUGGAAACCGCGGUGGAGCGUGCGUCUCCCCAGCGUGCCCACAGGUGCUGCACGUGGUGCACGCCAUGUACCCCUUCAGCUCCGGCAGCGACGAGGAACUCGGCUUCAACAAGGGGGAGGUCAUGGACGUGCUGGAGAAACCCGAGGACGAUCCCGAGUGGUGGCGCUGCCGCAAGUCGGACGGGCGCGUCGGGCUGGUGCCACGCAACUACGUGCAGGUGGUGCCCGACUCACCCAGCCAGCGAGCUCACAGCGCGGCGGUGCUGGCCGGCUGCCUGGGCCCAGCGUCGUCGGGCCAGUUUGCCGGGCGGCCCUGGUACUAUGGCCACGUGACGCGACAGCAGGCGGAAGACGCCCUCAAUGAGCGCGGAGUCGACGGGGACUUCCUGGUGCGCAACAGCGAGUCGUCGCCCACGGACUUCUCCGUCUCCCUGAAGGCGACGGGCAAGAACAAGCACUUCAAGGUGCAGCAGAACGGCAACGAUUUCUGCAUCGGCCAGCGGCGCUUCAGCAGCAUGGCCGACCUCAUCGAGCACUACAAGCGGGCGCCCAUUUUCACCUCGAGCCAGGGCGACAAGCUUUACCUCAUCCGGCCGCUGCCCUGAGCCACGGGCGCCGAGAAAGGCGACCGAUCGUCGCCGCUCACGCUGACUCUGUGACGCCGGGUCCCCCCGUCCCCCGCUCGCGAUUGGCGCCGCCGCCGUCGUCGCCCAUCGCCACCCCCCCACCCCUCACCCCGACCCCGACCCCAGCUCAUCUUGCCGUGUUCUCCCCGCGACGCCGCCGACCGAACCGUUUUGACGCGAGGGCCCGGCUUUGUUUUACUCGGCCGUCAGGGGGGGUGGUGGGGGGCCCGCUCACUUCCUGCGUGGCUCCCAGCGGCCCUCCCGGCUGGACCACCUGCCCGUCGAACUCCACUCGACUACCGCCCCCCCCCCCACAGCCCCCCAAAGCCCCCCAGGGCCCCACCUCGUGCUCGCUGCUUCUCUGGGCGCACAUGUCCGUUCCCCUCUGCUCUGCGGGUUUGGCGUUUUACGAGCAGAAGAGAACUGUCUUAAACAACAAAAGUGUUAUUGUUGAUAUUGUUAACAUUGUUCGAAUAGUGUUUGUGAAACGUUCUGCUUAUUAUUAUUAUUUUAAUUAUGAUGGGCUUUGUUUUGGUUGGGGGGGG